AUGCACCCGCUUCUCUUGGCUCUCCUCACCCCGCUCGCCCUCUCCGCCACACCACCGGGCGAAAAUGCCAUCCUCCUCUCCAACGUCCACGCCCUAAACCUGCGCGGAGACCGCCAAACCACCGCCCGCCGCGUUCCUGCGAUCCCCCAGCUCCACUGCGUUGGCCCAUCCAAAAUAUGUAAUCUCUACCACGUCGAGCAGAUGCACUGCACGAAUCUGGGGAAUGACGCAGAAGACGACAAGGAGGAUGUCCAAUGGGCCUGCAACGCAGCGUUGCCGCCGGAGUUCAAGCUGGGCGCUACGGAUGUCAUGUGUGAGGGUUACCGGGAUGCAGACGAUGAGUGGGUGCUGAAGGGCAGCUGUGGCGUGGAGUAUCGUUUGCUGCUUACGGCGAGGGGGCAUGAGAGGUAUGGCGAGAAGAUUGAAAGCUUGCAUCGGGAUUCUUCGUGGAGUGAGCUGGUGGGCUUCCUGGUUGUUCUGCUCACCUUUGGCGCGCUUUUUUACAUUGGGUGGUUGUUUAUUAGGGCUUGCCUCGGGGGAGAUCGAGAACAAGGAGGCGCAGGUGGUGGUAGAGGAGAUGAUGAUGAUGAUGAUGAUCCACCACCACCGUACACCUCGUAUCCCAAUAGCAGCAGCGGGCAACAUAAUCCCAGCGUGGAUCUCCACCUGGCCAGGAACAGACAUCGCAGCAGAGGUGGACAUGAUCCUGGACAAGGCAGUUCUUCGGCGCCGCUCGCAGCCACGUCAAGCAGUACAGGCUUUGGUUCGACCAGGCGUCGGUAA